AACACGUGAUGUGGUGGUAGCCUUCGUGUUCCUCGCCUCGCCUCGGGUUAGGGUUUCGAACCAGUUUUCCUCCGUCACCGUUGUCGAUCGCUUGCUUCCUCCGUCGGGCAGCGACCAUGAAGAUCCGCUCCUCGGUGAAGAAGAUGUGCGAGUUCUGCAAGACGGUGAAGCGCCGCGGGCGCGUGUACGUCGUCUGCUCGGCUAACCCCAAGCACAAGCAGCGGCAGGGGAUGGUGACGUUCGCCGGCGAUGGCCAGCUCCCUCCCGCGUCAUCAGAGACAGGCUUGAAGCGGUUAAUUUCGCCUACCUCCAAUGCGCAGACCAGCAUUAUGGCUCUUAUGCCCAAGAAGCCUGAGCCCUCCAUGUUGUUUGGAUGGCGGUCGAGCCUGGCAUCCCUCCUAUUCAAGUAGGGCAUUUUGUUUCAGAUACCUUUUGCUUGGGGUUUACGAACAUAUAGCUGUCGUAGGCAACAGACGAUGCUCUGCUUCUGCCUCGAGAGAUAUUGGGUUUAUUUGCUAUCGGUGAUUGGCACAUUUGCUUCAUAACAUGUAUUCCUGGUAUAAUUUUUCCUUGUCCUACCAUGUAAUGCCAGGGUUCUCACUGUAAUACUUUUUAAACUGGGGAGAUCCACUGUAGAUAGAAUCAGCUGCUGGAUAUAGUGCCUAA